UCUUGAGAGGUUCGCAUUUGGAACAUUGGAAGAGCGGAAGUUCCAUAGGGGUUCUCCUGGCGAAGCAAUUGAGCGCCAUGUGGCGAGGGUUUCGCUGCCUGCGGGCGCUGUUGCGGGCCCGAACAGGAGGCGUUGCUGCUGGGAGCGCUUUGGGAACAAGGGGGCUGCGUGCUGUGAAUCCGGUGGCUCCCCCUCUCAUUACCACGGUGGCCUCAGCGGCGCAGCGAAAAGCUGGCAGCGUGAGUACCUCUCAGCUACGGGGUGCAGAGGAGGCUGCGGGUGCGGAGCACGGGCAGGAAGUGGAGAUGGUCGGGCCGGAGCCGCACCCUUGCCCAGAUAUUGGCGGGGACCCUUCCGAUUAUGCAGCUUCAACAUUCAGCAUUGACCAUAUGGUAUCACUGCUAAGACAAGAAAAUGCCAAAGAUAUCUGUGUUAUUCAGCUGCCUCCAGAGAUGAGAUACAGCAAUUACUUUAUAAUUGUCAGUGGAUCCUCUGCACGGCACCUGCACGCCAUGGCCCACUACUUGGUAAAAAUGUAUAAACAUCUGAAGACUGACUCAGAACCUCAUGUUCUGAUUGAAGGAAGAGAGACUGAUAACUGGUUGUGUAUAGAUUUUGGCAAUAUUGUGGUCCAUUUUAUGUUGCCAGAGACACGUGAAAUCUAUGAGUUGGAAAAGUUAUGGACCCUUCGAUCUUACGAUGAUCAGUUAGCACAGAUGGUUCCAGAAUCCUUACCUGAUGACUUCAUAUUUGGCUUGCCUUCUGAACAAGAAUGAAUAGCCUGUAUAAUGCAAGCCUAACUUUGCACAAACUAAGCUGUUUGAUUCCUGAUGGUGAUUCUUAGGAGGUGACCGUGAAGGAGACUACAUAACCUUCAGUGAAAGCUUGCCAGCAGCCUUGUGACAAAUGAAUAUAUAAAAAUACAGCCUAUAAAUGGAUACUUGGUAUAAGUGAAAAGAACUUGUGAAGUAUAUUACAGAAACAAGAAGGGCUGGUAUAACUUUGUAGAUACUGUAAUUACAUUCUUCCCACAUUUUCCUUCUUUCUCGGGAUCUUUUUUUUUAAACACAUACAAUGGCUGUUAGCAACAGAAGAGUGUGGUGCUGUGAGGUAUUGUGGUGAGAAGUGAGAGGAAUGUAGAUAUGGUUUUAAAAUGUAUUUUAUUCAUAAACCUCCUACUGUCCCCAGUGAUCACAAUAAAUUCGAGCUUUUAUGCUUACUAUGUAAACUGCACUAGCAGGAAACAAAUGUACGAGGCUUGUUGCCGCCCUAGAACCAGCUUCUAAGUGACAACAGCACAGAAUUUACAUUAAGUUGCUUAAUGUAUAUUUAAUCCUAAACACUCUGUAUUGUCAGCCAGAGGUGAGAGGCAAUGUAACAUAAAUCAUACAAAUCUGUAGAAUUAGGUAACUGCAGUACACAUACUUAAAUCAAGACUGAGUCGUUGCUUACAAAAAUAGCAAUGAAUUAAGCUCAGAUGAUUUUGUUUUUCACUUUCUUCCCUUAAGGUUACAACAUAUACACCUGUUCCCUUUUCCCGUUUUAUUUUUCGGCAUCCUAAGAGUAGGAACAUUGAACAUUGCCACUUAGAGAAUAUUUUUUUUGCCGCAAUAAAGAGAUUCCCCAUUGAUUCUGUUUUAAAGUACAAGUUUUUUUGCUUCCGGCACAAUAUUUAAUCAAAAAGAACAGUAUACUUAUCAAUUUAAUUGCAUAUACAUUUCCUCCCUGGAUAUCAUUUUUGGACAAGCCCACAUACAGGUGUAAAGGUGAGUUGCUGGUUUUAUACAACAGUACAUAGCCAAUUUUGUAGACAUCUGUGAAACAGUAUACUAGUAAAACAUACUUUUGAAUGGUUUUCUUUGAAUUUGAGUUAGAGACUUGCUACUUGUCUGUGCCCAGCAUUCUCUGAAAUACUGAUACCUGGAAUAAUUUCUAGUCUUGUUUUCUAGUUUUAUUAAAAUUUAUUAUAUUUUUGUCCAUCUCCGUGAUGUCUUGGUGCUUAUUAAGUUAGGCCAGAUGGUUUUAGAAUGCUCUGUAUUACACUGGUUUAGAAAAUCUCUUCAUUGAAAAUAAACACUGGGAUUU